CUUACUAAUAAAUUCCCACCCCAGCGACCAUCUCUCUUCUCUUCCUGUUCCCCCUCUUCGCCGGCUACCUCUCUGGGAUCCAUCGGAAGAGGGGGAGGAGCAGGAGAUCAAAGAAGAUUCUUCUGAUCGUUUCUUUUUGAGUGAAAAAGAGAGGGAGAGAGAGAGAGGGAGAGGGGAAGAAGAAUGAACGGUGCUGCGGCGGUGGUUGGAGGGAGGCAGAUGCAGCGACCUGGCCGCCACCGCCAGCGGCAGUACUCGUCCGAUAACUUCUUCCUCGACUCCGUCGCCACUGGAGCCGGCGGUGGAGGCGCCGGCAACAAGUGGCUCCAGUCCGCCGGCCUUCAUCAUCUCCAGUCCUCCAGCCUCACUUCAGCCCAGCAGGUGGAAUACUCUAGGAUGCUACGGAGCAUGCGGAAGGGCAUGAGCGGGGACUCCUUGCUCUCCUCGGAGCCGUCGACGCCGCCGUUGAGCUCGCGGUCUUCCAGCCAGUGGAAGAAUGGGGAUGUUGUGUCGCCGAGCGAGCUCAGUCCUGGGAUCUUGGAUAUCCACUCCUUCGACACCGAGCUUCUCCCAGAAAUGCCAGUUCCUGGGUUGUAUGAAAGUGCUGCACCAUUUGGCUAUGCUCAAGGCAGAAGUUUGGAUGAUUUGGAACCGAGCUUUUCUGCAAGCAAACAGAUGAACAACAAUCGGGUUGUACCAGAAAGCAAUUUCUUGAAAAGUUUUUCAGCUGAUAAAGAAAAAUCAGGUUCUGUAGCGAAGAUCAAAGUAGUGGUGCGCAAAAGGCCACUGAACAAAAAGGAAAUAGCAAAGAAAGAGGAAGACAUCAUCACAAUCGAGCAAAAUUUAAACUCUGUUACUGUUCAUGAGACUAAACUGAAGGUUGACCUCACAGAGUAUGUUGAGAAGCAUGAGUUUGUGUUUGAUGCGGUGCUGGAUGAGGAUGUUUCAAAUGAUGAAGUAUAUCGUGAAACUGUGGAGCCAAUUGUCCCUGCUAUCUUUCAGCGUACAAAGGCAACAUGUUUUGCCUAUGGGCAAACAGGCAGUGGAAAGACAUACACUAUGCAACCUUUACCUCUUAAAGCAUCUCAAGAUAUUCUGAGACUAAUGCACCAUACAUAUCGGAAUCAAGGCUUUCAAUUGUUUUUCAGUUUCUUUGAGAUUUAUGGAGGGAAGCUUUUUGAUCUGCUAAAUGAUAGGAGGAAGCUUUGCAUGAGAGAGGAUGGUAAACAGCAAGUAUGCAUUGUUGGUUUGCAAGAGUUUAGAGUGUCAAAUGUUGACACCAUCAAGGAGCUUAUUGAGAAAGGAAACGCAACUAGGAGUACGGGCACAACUGGUGCGAAUGAGGAAUCCUCUCGAUCUCAUGCCAUACUUCAGCUUGCUAUCAAGAAGUCAGUGGAUGGUAGCGAAUCAAAACCUGCUCGAGUAAUUGGCAAGCUAUCCUUCAUCGACCUUGCUGGCAGUGAGCGUGGUGCAGAUACUACUGAUAAUGAUAAGCAGACAAGAAUAGAAGGUGCCGAGAUCAACAAAAGUUUGCUUGCCUUGAAAGAGUGCAUAAGAGCUCUUGAUAAUGACCAAACUCAUAUUCCUUUUAGAGGGAGUAAAUUGACUGAAGUACUGAGGGAUUCAUUCAUUGGAGACUCCCGCACUGUUAUGAUUUCAUGCAUUUCUCCAAAUUCUGGUUCAUGUGAACACACUCUGAACACAUUGAGAUAUGCUGAUAGGGUGAAAAGCCUCUCAAAGGGGAGCAACAAGAAGGAUAUUUCAACAGCAACCAAUUUAAGAGAAUCAACUGCUGCACCCUUGUCUAAUGCUCUAUCCGCUUUCUCCAGCCCUGAGGACCAUGCACCCAGUGGUAGAGAAGAGAGGACUGUUGCGUCUUCAUAUGCUAGUUAUUUCAGGGAGCAGACUAAGGGUUCCACAGCUGUAGAGGAUUAUGAUUACUCUGAGGAGGCAUAUGAGCAAGACAAACCAUCUUGGAAGAAAGGAAAGUCAGACGCAUACUCUGCUUCACCUUUGGAGGAUAGGGUGAGGAGAGUUGAUUCAUGCACGAAGUGGAAGAAUGUGCCUGAGGUUGAUGCCAGUGAUUUGCAUUCAGAUGAUGAUCUGAAUGCCCUUUUGAAGGAAGAGGAGGAUCUAGUGAUGGCUCAUAGGGGACAAGUCGAGGACACGAUAAACAUUAUCAGGGAGGAGAUGAAGUUGUUGGAUGAAGCAGAUCAACCUGGUAACCACCUAGAUGAGUAUGUCUCUAGAUUGAAUGCCAUUCUCUCUCAAAAGGCAGCUGGAAUUAUAAAAUUGCAGGCACGUUUAGCUCAUUUUCAGAGGCGUUUGACUGAGCACAAUGUUUUGGUUUCAUCCCUUGGCCCAUAAGCUUUAAACGAUACCAGUGGUGGAACCUACAGAAUUGCGUAAGGUUACAUGAUAUGCUUGGUAAUACCAAGAAGGACGAACUAGUGCUUUGUAGCACUGAAUUGAGAGCCUGCUGUGAGAUCAUGAUGGUGAGAAAACGUGCUAUUUCUAAUUUAUACAGUUGCAAGUCAAAAGCUGUGGUGGUUGCAUUUUCUUGAUAAUUGUGUAUGCUGCAGCUUUUCCUUGGGUGAAUCGGUAACUUUGGCAAUUUAUUGUUGCUGUUUUCUUUCUUUCUUUCUUUAUUUCCUUCUUUGCCCCUGUUUAUUUUUACUGUUGUGAUAUUUUGUAAAGCUCUUGGAGCUACAAUGGUUAUGUGAUAAGAAAGCAGUACUAUUUUGUAUGGUACACUCUUAUUUUAGAAAUUUGUAGCAGUUUUGAGCCUUUCUGAAA